GUUAGAAAACUCGUGACAAUUUCAGACAGCCCUGCUCUCUCUCUCUCUCUCCAUUGAACACUCUGCAACUCAUACUCUCCCACCCUCUGUCUCGUUCUAUUGCUCUCCUCUCUCUCAUGGAUUCCUGCAAGAUCACAAUCUUGGAGUAACAGAGAGGAGUUGUAUUCUCUCUCUGCUUCUGCCUAAACCUCUCUGCUGCGUCGUCUGUCGUCAUAUAUAAGAUUUGAGUCUCUUCAAGCGUCGUCUCAGAUCUCCAGCCUUAUCCGAAAUCCAUGUAAACAUUUAUUCACUCUGAAGUUUGAAGACUGGUUGUUUGUACUGAAUCUGAUUACUUCUUCGCAACAAUCAUUCAGUUAGUCUCUUGAUUUUAGGAGUCGUUUUGCUGGCAAGUUUGAAGAUUUUGUUUCGGCUUUUAGCUUCUGAAUGCAGGAAAACUGCUUCCAAAUUGCUAAUGGUAUCUAGGGGAUUUUGAGUCGACUUGUUUGCAUGUUUGUUUAGCCGGCUUUGAUAUUACAUUACCUUCAUUUCACUCUGAAGUUUGAAGACUGGUUGUUUGUACUGAAUCUGAUUACUUCUUCGCAACAAUCAUUCAGUUAGUCUCUUGAUUUUAGGAGUCGUUUUACUUUAAAUUUUGGAAAUUUUGUUUUGGCUUUUACCUUCUGAAUGCAGGAAAACUGCUUCCAAAUUGCUACCUAACGGUAUCUAGGGGAUUUUGAGUCGACUUCUUUGCUUGUUUGUUUAGCCGGCUUUGAUAUUACAUUACCUUUCAAAAAGAGAGAGCCUCUUUAUUUGUUUGCCCGGCUUUAAUAUUUAAUAAAUGAGUUACUGAGCAAUCAUGAAGCAGUUCUUUCUUCAGAUUCAAAACUGGAGGAGCCAUACAAGAAUGUACUCAAGGAUUAUUUUUUUGAAUUAGACGGUGAUUCAAAAUUUCAGAAUUGUGGCCAUCAUUUUGGGAAGUUUGUGUAUUUCAAGCAAUGAAAAUUAUGCUUUUUGGUAAGAUCAUAUAGUUGAAGGGAAUGAUGGAGGAAGAAAGCAGUAGAGGGGAUUUGCACGGAAAUGUAGUUAGACAGUCCUCUUUAAGGCCUAGUGGAAGCUUGAAGUCCACAUUGUCAGGAAGAUCAACUCCUAGAAACUCUCCGUCAUUUCGCAGAUUGCAUUCAAGCCGGACUCCGCGUAGGGAAGCAAAAAGUAGUGGGGUUAGAGCUCAGUGGUUUAGGAGUAAUCGGUUAGUGUUUUGGUUGACUCUGAUUACUCUUUGGGCCUAUCUUGGAUUCUAUGUUCAAUCCAAGUGGGCCCAUGGUGAUAACAAAGAUGAUUUUUGGGGGUUUGGAAGUAAAACAAGAAACAAAAUUUCAAAAUCUGAUCAGAAUCAGCAGCGAGAUUUAAUGGCCAGUGAAAAUUCUUUGGAGUUUAAAAAUGAGACUAGCAAAAAUCAGUUGGAAGAUGUUGAAAAGAAGUCAAAUUUGAAGAGUCUAGAUGUGGUUUUGGCAAAAAAAGAGAAUAGUUUUUCAUCCCGCAAGAGUGCGUCUUCAAAGAGGAGGAGUAAGAGAUCUGGACGCAGAGUGCGUGGUAAGAUGCACAAUAUACAGAAAGCAAAUGUGGAUGCUGAAGAGAGGAAUAUGGAGGUGCAGGAAGAGGAAAUUCCUAAGAAGAACACUUCUUAUGGGUUGCUUGUUGGUCCUUUUGGCUCAACAGAGGACAGAAUACUAGAAUGGAGUCCUGAAAAGCGAUCUGGAACCUGUGAGAGGAAGGGGGAGUUUGCACGUCUUGUUUGGUCAAGAAAAUUUGUCUUGAUAUUCCAUGAGCUGUCAAUGACUGGGGCUCCACUUUCAAUGAUGGAAUUGGCAACAGAGCUUUUGAGUUGUGGGGCCACAGUUUCUGCUGUUGUUCUUAGCAAGAAGGGUGGGUUGAUGCCAGAGCUUGCUAGGCGAAGGAUCAAAGUGCUUGAUGACCGAGCAGACCACAGCUUCAAAGUCUCCAUGAAGGCUGAUCUUGUCAUUGCAGGGUCGGCAGUCUGUGCAUCUUGGAUAGAGCAAUACAUUGCACAUUUUACGGCUGGCUCAGGUAAAAUUGUCUGGUGGAUCAUGGAAAACCGACGGGAGUACUUUGAUCGAUCAAAGCUUGUCCUCAACCGAGUGAAAAUGCUGAUUUUUCUUUCUGCAUCACAGUCUAAACAAUGGCUUUCCUGGUGUAAAGAAGAAAAUAUUAAGAUAAAUUCUGAGCCUGCACUGAUUCCUCUCUCUGUUAACGAUGAAUUGGCUUUUGUAGCAGGCAUUGCUUGUUCACUAAAUACUCAAUUAUUCAGCACUGAGAAGAUGCUGCAGAAAAGGCAGUUGUUGCGAAAUGCUGUUAGAAAAGAUAUGGGACUGACUGAUAAUGAUAUGCUCGUAAUAUCUUUAAGUAGCAUAAAUCCUGGAAAGGGCCAGCUUUUGCUUCUUGAGUCUGUACGCUUGAUAAUGGAAGAAGGAACACCUCAGAUUAAUUCUGGAAUUAAAGAUUCAGUAGAAAUAGGCCAAACUAAAUCCAGCUUGGUUGAAGAACAUCACUUAAGGGCAUUACUUCAAAAUGAGAACCAUGUUGAUAAAACGUCAACUGAAUUACAUUUCUCUAAUGAGUCUUUUAUCAGUUUGAGUGUACCAAAGAGUAAUGGUUUGCGGUUAUUGGAUCUUAAAGCCUUUUUUGAUGACAAAAAUGUCAUGCCGUUGGAGUGGAAUCACAACGAAAGGAAACUAUUGUCUGAGAAUGUGGGGAUGCAGGAACAGGCUCUGAAAGUUCUAAUUGGUUCUGUGGGAUCUAAGAGCAACAAAGUGCCUUAUGUCAAAAGAAUUCUUAGAUUUUUAUCACAGCACUCAAACUUGUCAAAAUCUGUUCUCUGGACUCCAGCAACGACACGCGUUGCAUCACUUUACUCUGCAGCAGAUGUUUAUGUCAUAAAUGCCCAGGGUCUUGGAGAAACAUUUGGGAGAGUUACAAUUGAAGCGAUGGCAUUUGGUCUUCCGUUGCUUGGAACAGAGUCUGGUGGCACAAAAGAGAUUGUUGAACACAAUGUAACAGGUCUUCUUCAUCCUAUUGGCCGUGCAGGAAGUCAAGUUCUUUCGGAAAAUAUCCAGUUUCUGCUAAGAAACCCAUCCGUGCGUCGGCAAAUGGGGAUGAGGGGAAGGAGAAAGGUGGAAAAGAUGUACCUGAAGAGGCACAUGUACAAGAGGUUUUCUGAGGUUCUUUACAAGUGCAUGAGAAUUAAGUAAUAAAUACUUUUCAUUCUUUUAUUGAUAUAAAAAAAAAAAUUGCCUGGUUAUCAGAAAUUUAGAAAUUGUAUACAGCAUCCCAUUCACCUUGUUGAUCGCAGAGAUGUUGGGUACUCUCCAGAAUGAAAUUUCUUCAUGAUUGAUUUAAA